AUGCAGGACUCUGCCGAGAACGAAGAGACGUAUGAGACGCGUAACCUCGCAGACUUUAUAGGGCAGGAUCUUCCCAAGAUAGGUGAAAUCUCCCGGUCCGAACGUCUCUUCUUCAUCGGCACUGAAUUCUCCAACCUCAACUACCUCGUACGUCAUAGAGCGUUGAGAAUGGAUCAAAAGGAUGUCAUGCACUUUGGUACGCGUCGACUUGCUCGGAAAAUCCCAUCUGUGCCUGAAGAAGCUCUGAAGCUACCCCCUAAAGCACUGGCCGAUGUGCUUGUCAGGGCUUACUUCGACCACGUCAACCGUGGGUUUCCCAUUGUUGACGAGGGUGAGUUUAUGGAGAUAUACACUGGAUUGGACGUACCAAAACUGGUAUCACUCCCCUUGUUAAAUGCAAUCUUCCUUGUGGGCGCACAUGUCCUAUCAUCAACUCGUGAGGAUUGCCGUGCUAGCGCGCAUGUCUUCUUCCGCAGAGCCAAGCUCCUAUUCGACUAUCGCUUCGAGCAGCAUCGCGAGACAUACUUACAGGUUGCUCUGCUCUUAACAUGGCAGUGUGAUAACCUCGAAGACAUAGUAAGCAACAGUUGGCACUUGGUCGGCGUUGCGAGCCGAGUUGCGUUUGGAAUGGGCAUGCAUCGCGAAACGAGGCCAUCUACACUGAACGCCUUAGACAAACGUCAGUGGGUUAGGCUCUGGUGGUGUCUGUUUCAAUUCGACGUUGUCGUCUCAGCCUCUUAUGGUCGACCGCAAGCUAUACACCUCGAAGAAUCAGACACUCCGAUGCUUGACGAAAGCCAUUUCCAAGGCAUCCCUGAUGGGAAUGCGACUUUUGCCAUCGAACAUACGAAGCUCUGCAUAAUCUUCUCCAGAGCUAUGAAACGACGGGUGACGUUGAAAGCCACGGAAGCUGAUCGAGCUGCAGCGACGAAACAAGCUGACGAAGAACUUGCCGAGUUUAUAACUCAACUACCGCAGAGUCUGCAGCUACCCCCUUCCGAGCCGAAUAGUUGGCAGGCCACUCUCCAUCUUUCGUACAACAAUUUCCUCAUCCUCCUUCACCGACCUCGGCCCCAUCAGGAACCAAGCCAGUUCUCCGCCGAUGCUGCCACGAAUCUCAGCAUCUGCAAUGACGCCGCCGUGACUAUAAACUCCAUAUUUGAAUCCCUCCGGUCGAGAAACACGCUAUGCGAUUUGUGGAUGCCCUCGAUGCAUGUCUUGUUCACUUGUCUUUUGCAUGUUGCCACCGAGUUGAACUCGCCCAACCCCCUUGUCGCUGCAAAGUCAUCACGCAUGUUUGACUCUCUUUUACAUACUUUGCGUGAGAUUUCGCAGUAUUGGAUAUACGCCAAGAGCCUUCUGCGUCUAUUUGAAGAGCGGGCGAUGUGGACUAAGAGGCCAAGAAGUCGUACGCUAGGACCUGAACAGCGAACAUCACCAGAUACUGAUGGCGCUGACACAUCUGGAUUUCCCCUUCAACCAAAUCCUCUUGGUGACCCCAGUAGUAUUCAAAAUGCCAUGCAAAUCCCAGGAGGGCCAGCGUAUGGCUUCAAUUUCGACUUUGGCGGUGGUUUGGGGAGUCAAGAUGCACAACAAGGACUCUCGUAUGAUGCUGGCUUUGUCGGUAAUGACCUUGAUAUGACUGGGGAUGGCGAUGCUGAGGAGAUGAACUUGUUGCCGGUUCCUUCGGUGCUAGAGUUCUUGUUGGCUGGAGUUGAUAAUCAGUACGACUUUUGA